CAUUUGGUUGACAGGUCAAUCAGAGGCUGGCCACAAAGAGGUAGUCGUCCAUAUAGGUAUUCUAUAUCGUGUAUUCCUUAGAACCGGAGCUUUCUCUGGACACAGACCACAAACCCCUCUUUCCCCAGCUUUGACCAAAAACCAUGGCUGCCACCACCCGAGUCUACCCCGCUGUACCCCUCCCGGACGCUCCCCUCGUCCCGCUCGCGCCGAACGCCUCCCUACAACCCCCCCUGUCACGCCGUGGUUACGGGCCGGGAAUUGUCAUCAUAGAUCCCGGAUACGACCUUCCGGCCCUUCCGUCAGCCGAGACCCUCGACCCACCUCCCCAGUACAAGUGGGCCGAGGAGGGAUACGCCGUCGUCCGCCUGGCGAUCCGGGCGGACGGCGGGAAGGAUGAAGAUGACUGGGACGUCCGGGCUGGCCUGGGCCGGGCAAUCGAGGCCCUGCGAGGACUGGACCAGUGCGACGUGAAGGACAAGACCGCUCUACUCGUCUACGGUACAACCCAGCAGUACCCCCCAGGCUUUCCCGAGCAGCUGACCGCCGCCCUCGCCGGGGCCCCCUCCAUCGUCGCCUGCGUCGCCUUCUCGUCGGCGUGGCGGCUCUCGUCGCCGUCGCGGGCCCAGCUCGUCCACGAGCCCGGGAGGCGCGGCCCCCGCCCGGCGGCGCCCGGGACGACGACGACGACGACGACGACGACCAAGGUGUACGCGUACCCGGCGGCGUCGUCGUCAGAGUUUGUGGUCCCCGUCCCCGGCGGGCGCGACUACGUCCCGGGCGCGGCGUCGCUGGCGCACAGUCGGAGUCUUGGGUUUGUUAAGGGGCGUCUCGGGGGGCCCCUUUUCGACCUCGAGGAGAUUUGGGAGGAGCACACGCGGUAUGAGUUUGGGGAUCGGUCGGUCGAGAAGACGAUGGGGACUAUGGUGCUGGAGCCUUAUGUCAAUCAUGUCCCCACGCUGACUGGGGGCAUCGGCCGAGAGCGUCUGACGGAUUUCUACCGCCACCAUUUCAUCCUAAAUAACCCUGAUGACACGGCGCUUGAGCUAGUCAGCCGCACUGUCGGGGUGGAUCGCAUUGUGGACGAGUUCGUCUACUCGUUCACGCACGACAUGGAGAUUGACUGGCUCCUCCCAGGUGUCCCCCCAACAGGCCUCCCCGUGCGCAUCCCCUUCGUGGCCGUGGUCAACGUGCGCGGCGACAGGCUGUGCCACGAGCACAUUUCGUGGGAUCAGGCGACGACUCUGCGCCAGCUCGGCUUGCUGCCGGAGUACCUGCCCUUCCCGCACCCCGUGGCCGGCCGCGAGGGCCAGAUCCUCGAGUACAGGGUCCCCGCCGCGGGGGUCGAGACGGCGCUCAAGCUCGCGGAUGAGCGGUGCGUCGGGAGUAAUGGGUUGUUUGUGGCGGCGGGGGAGGGGGUUAGGGAGGUGGGUGCGAAGGGGAGGGAGGGUUGACGGUCGGUUGUCGGUCUGGUGUAGCGCGGAAUAUGAUGCGUGGGCUGGUCCUGGGUUCAUGCACAGGGUGACAGCCAAGGUAAAUGAUCCCUGACAGAGUAGCCUCUAUGUUGGCGGUCGAGUUGUGGGGCAGGGCUUAUAAGGUUUAAUCACAUGGCAUCUUAAGUUCGGGUGUGGCUGAAAGAUUGUCAAGCAACUCUUCGACGGUGACGGAAGACCCGUGGC